AUGUCACAACGCGAAGGAGGACAAAAGCAGGCUUUCGAUCCCUGGGCUUUGCCCGAUACCUUCACUCUCUAUGCUUACGCCCCAGAGGACAUUCGCAGCUUUCUUCAUCCUCACUGGCAUUCAUACAAAGCUCUGCAUCCGGCAUGGUAUUACUUUUUGGGAUUGAUGUACUUGGUAAUUGGUACUUGCGCCGUUGCGGGUAACGCCGUUGUCCUGAAGAUCUUUAGCCGAUUUCCGGCUCUCCGUACUCCCGCCAACUUGUUGGUUAUGAACUUGGCUGUAUCUGAUUUCCUUCUGAUGCUCGCACUUUUCCCCGAAUGCGUCUACAACUUUUUCCUUGGUGGCCCAUGGCGCUUUGGAGAUAUGGGUUGCCAGAUCCACGCUUUCUUGGGCGCUUGUUUCGGAUACAACCAAAUCUUCACUCUGACAAUGAUCUCGUACGACCGAUACAAUGUGAUUGUAAAGGGAUUCAGUGGAACUCCACUCACGUUUAACCGCGCUGUCUCCAUCAUUACAUUGAGCUGGAUCUGGGCUUUGGGCUGGUCUAUCUGCCCAUUGGUCGGCUGGGGUGCCUACGCCAUGGAUGGUAUAAUGGGAACAUGCUCUUAUGACUACGUCUCCCAGAACAUGAACAACAAAUCCCAUAUUUUGGCUGCCACCUUCGCAAACUUUAUCCUGCCAAUCAUUGUUAUUGCUGGUUGCUACUACUUCAUCGUCCAUGCCGUCUUUAGGCACGAGGAAGAACUCCGUGCUCAGGCUAAGAAGAUGAAUGUUGCUUCUCUUCGCAGCAAUAACGACCAACAGCAGGUGUCUGCUGAGAUUCGUAUCGCCAAGGUCUCCAUUAUGAACGUCUCGAUGUGGCUGACGGCUUGGACUCCAUUUGCCGUUAUCUGCAUCAUGGGUACCUGGGGUGAUGUUUCCAAGAUUACUCCAUUGGUGUCUGCCAUUCCAGUCAUCCUGGCCAAGACGUCAUGUGCCUAUAACCCACUUAUCUAUGCCAUCUCCCAUCCUAAAUACCGAGAGUGCCUGAAGCAAAUGUUUCCUUGGAUGUGUAUCGUCGAGGAGAAAAAAGCUCUUGCUGACAACCAAACCAUCAUCAGUGAAAAGACCGAAAUGACUGAAAUCGUCAAAUGUGAAUCGGCUUAGUUACUUAAAAACGGCAUUGAUUUUCAUUUUCGUUCUCCAUAGAGCAAUGUGAGGUAUGGACGACUAUCAUUCUAAAUCAACGACACUGGCAAUCUCAAAUUGACAAAGACUCUGAAUUAUGUUUGCUCGAGUUAUUAUAACUUGAGACUUUCUGUUUCAAGUAUCUAUCAUCCUUUUUAUCUCUUCGAUUUCCCAUUCAUGUAUUUUUGUUUCUCCCAAUAAAACGUUGAGUGU